AUGAGUUUCGUAAACAAUUAUAAUAUGAGAAAUCAUAGAUCUGAUAUUAAUAAGUGUCAUCUUAGUGAUAAAAAUGAUAACAAUUACUCACAUAAUGUGUCAACAUUAGAAAACAUAGGUAUUUCUCAGUAUAAUAAAAAAGACAAUAAAUUAAAUAAAGAUCUUGAUUAUUUUGAUUGUUAUGGUGACAAUUAUUCAUGUAUAAACAUGAAUACUACUACGAACAAUAGUGUUAAUCAUAUUCAUUUAAAAUCCAUUUUGAAUUUACCGUCUCAAAAUUAUAAUACACGUUCCUCAUGUCAUAUUCAUAUUCAAACACCCGGAGUUUUCAUUAAUCACCACCAUAAUAAAUCUAUUAGGAAGACACCAGUACCAAAGGAAUGUUUUUUUGAUAAAGAUGCGUUUAGUUGUUGGGAAACGUAUUUCCAUAAUAGUAAUACUAUCAAUAAUCGUGAAAAUGAUAAGUUUAAAUUGGAUCUGGGUCAAAGUUCUACUUUAAAACGAAGAAAUCUUCAUAAAUAA